AUGUCAGUUGAUGAAGUGAUAAAUAAGAUAGGGGAUAAGGAACAGUAUGUGCAACGGGCAUUGUCGCUGCUGCUAUUUUCUGCGAUCAAACCAUACUGUGUUGAACUAACGCAGCUAGCAUUACUACCAAAUCCAAUAUUCAAAUCAGAUUCGCAGAAAUUGAUUUCAGCGUUGAAUAAUGUGAAUAGGACUCUUGAAGCACAUUAUCGUGAAAACUCCCAGUUUGGUGCUUAUCGAUUAUCCGCCAAUAUAGCAGAUUAUGUAUUCUUUCCGUUGUCUAACUUGUUGAAACAGCCAACCUUAAAUGACGAGGUAAUUUCAGUUUUGCUCGAGAUAAUAGCAUUUUUAAUCAGGCAUUCAUGGAGUCAUAAUGUGGACGUUAAAUUACUAGAUCAAUUGUAUCCAUUGAUAUUGUUUCUUGUAGAUAAUAAUGUUGGGGCCAAGGGUGUCACUGUGAUUGGAAAAAAGGAGUUUUCGUUCAAAGAGUCGGCUAUUAAUGUCAUGAAUAGUAUGGUAGCUUGUUUGCCUGCUGAUUAUUUUUCAAGCAAUCCCAAAAAUUUGACGAUGUUGGGAUCUUCGACAACUAUCUUGCUUGAUAUACUUACAAGUUUGCAAAGCCCAACGACGCAGGAAGAAAUAGUUCUUGUUAAUGGUUGCCUCGAGACAAUUGAUGUGUUAUAUUCAAAGGUAUCAUCAGAACAAUUAUCACAUAUAUUUCCUGGGUCUGUAUCACAUUUGGUUAAUUUCUCAACAAAUUCUAAGUCGUUGCAUUUUUCUAUUAUUCGUGGUAUUUUAAAAGUAUUAAGGCAAUUGAUAGUAAAAGUAUUCAGCGAUAGGGACUUGAAAAUCAGCUUCGACUCUUCAGAUUUUCAACCAGAUUUGGAAAAGUUGAAUGAACUCUGGGAAGAUCAAAAUGAGGAGGAGCACACAAUAGCAAAAAUGGAUACGCUACACAUUAAACUAGAGAUACCAGCAACCGGUAAUAAACAUCGAACUACGAGUUGGCUCUUUGCUACUGCAAAGCAAUUGAAAAUAUCGUUGACCAUCUUAUUCAGAACCUUUUUGACGUCUCAAAGUAAUAGACAGAAGGUGCGAACAAAGACUCAGGUAUCCAAUGAACUAAUUUCAUUUGUGAAUGAAAUACUCAAAAACUGUUUUAUUUCUUUAUUUAAAGACUUCUGUACUAUAGCAUUGGAUGUUUUGUCUAUGUUGGUAUCUAUCCUAACGUCUGAGGAAACGACUUCUAUUCAGAAAACAACCGAAGAAGAAAUGAAAAUAGAUGAGUAUACUUCAUUGGUAAUUUCGAAUAUAUCAGCAAUUGAUACAAGUGAUAAGAAUCAACAAUUACUUUACAAUCACGUAAAAUUGAAACUAGCGGAUUUCAUUAAUAACAAAUUAUCGUCAAUUGUCUUUUCGACUGAUGACGAGAAGAUCAAUUCCUACAUUGUUUCACUUAAAUUCCAGUUCAGCAUCUUAAACAAACUAUCGAAUAACUUCUUCACUAAUGAGGAUGCUGUACAAGAUUUAAAAUUAAAAUUGACGCAAAAUUUGCAGCUGCAGUUUGUUAAUUGUUUUGUUUUCAAUAAUCAGCUCAAAGGUAAAGAACUUUUUCCGUUAGCAAUUAAUGGCACCCUUUCUGAUAAUGCAAAUGAAUCAGAAAAUAAACUAGACAAUAUUGAAUUACCACCACACAUUAAUGCUCACAAAUUGACCCAAGUUGAUGAUAAUAAUCGCCUAACUAAUAAAAGUCAUAAUAGAAACGCAUAUACGGAUAACUUGUUAAUAUUGUCCAAAACUUGGUCGAGGGUUAAGCCAUAUGCUGAUUUAUCAGAGAUGUUUUCAAGUUAUUUUAAAGGUAUUUACUCACCUUUUAUUGAAAACAGAUUUGUAAGUCUUCUCGGUUUUAUUGCUUUGCUAGGAACGUCAAACGAAAGCAAAUCACUUGUAACUAUCGAAAAUUUGUUAUUAAGAAAUGAUAUUCCUGGUAACGAUAUGUCGACUCAAUACCUAGACAAAGCUAUAUCACUUUGGAUGGCCAAUAACUUGUUGGGUGCGUAUAACUCUAGAGAUAGUAAACAGAUACAAAGUUUAUCUAAUAAUGAUUCAUUUGAUAUAAAUGAAUUCUUAGUAUUCGAACAGAGGGAUAGUAUGACCAAUUUACAAAUACCUAAUGAGAGCAACAUAGAAGAAAUGUCGUAUCUAAUAAUGGGAAAAGCUCAAGAAUUAAUAGAUGAAGUUUCAUCACUAAUAAAUUCACCAGAAAAUGUUACAAGUAAGAAUAAAAUUCAAUUAUAUAAGAUCUAUGAAUUUGCUUAUGCAGUGGCCAUUGAUUCUAUAGGGCAGCUUGCUAAUCACUUGCCAUUGUCGGAUUUUCAAACUGAUUUUCUUAUUGAUUAUUUAUAUCCAUUGCUAGAAGCACUAACUUACCAAUCGAACUCGUUGAUACAAAUACAUGCUGCAUCAUCAUUGGAAUCAAUUGUCCAAAACUAUUAUAAUGGAUCGCUAGAAUUACUAGUGAUGGAUAACCUGGAUUAUCUAAUCGAUUGUUUAAGCCUAAAGCUAUCUGUUGUUAGUACUUUAACCCCAGCAUUACCUGGCAUCUUACUAAUUGUAUUAAAAAUUGCAGGAAUUAAGCUUUUACUAACUAAUCAGUUACUGGAUAUCCUAACCAAAAUGCUUAUACUCAUCGAUUCGUAUCAUGGUUAUUCAGCGUUGGUAGAAGGUUUUUUCAUAGUUUUUGAAGAAUUAAUACAGCAGGUUAAAGAUGAGUAUUUAAAACAAGAGAUAUUGCCAAAAGAAGAAUCAGAUCCAAGUAUUAACACUUCAUUAUACAAACCGUGGGGCUUAUCAAACUGUACGCAAUUAUUAGCUUUAAUAGAUGAUUCAAAUAAACUCAUUGAUCCUAUGAAUGAUUAUGAUUCAAAUAAAGAAUAUUUUAGAAGGAAGCCCGAUACUGCAUUUGGAGAUCAAUUAGUUGAUUCAGAUGAUGAAGAGGAUGAAGCUAACGAAAAUGAUGAAACAAGCCAAAGUGAUGAUCAAGAGGUAUGGAAUUCUCGCAUACCAAAGGAUAUAUAUUUUAUUGUUCAGAAAAUAUUCAACUACGGCUUUAGGUUGUUGUCUCAUCCAUCAACAAACUUAAGAAUUCAAAUUAUAAAAACAUUAAUUAAUAUCUAUCCAAUAUUGGCGGAAAAUCAUCUGUUAUUAUUACCGGUUAUAUCGCAACAUUGGCCCGUAUUACUAACCUUAGUUUCAGGAGCAUCCUCGCUUUCAACAUUUUCAAAAAACGAUCCAUAUGACUACGGGUCUGACAAUAUUAUUGUUCUUGCCCUUGAAUUUGUUAUCAAAAUUGUUGAAGAAGACAAGAAUAAAGGAGAAAGAUUUUUGACUAAAAAAUUUGUAGAAAUUUGGGAACAUCUUUCGAACAAUUCUAAGAUUUCAAGUUAUAUCAAAAAUAGUAAUCUGAGACGGCAAUCAAAUCGUCAAAAGCAGUUAUCUACGUUAGAAGGUUCAAUAGCACCAUCUAAAUUGAUACAAUUAUAUGUGAAAUUUAUCAUCACUGGAAUGAACACAUAUGAACGAGCUAUAUCUGAUUUAACGGCCUAUAAUAUGGUUAAAUUUUGCUAUUCAAUGGGUCUAUCGAAAGAUCAAUAUAUGGUCAAAGAAGUUCAAAAUAUUUUAUGGGUCAUAGAACAUGAAACAGUUCUAUAA